AUGCAACGCAUCAACAGCGGCAACGACAACACCUGUUCAGUAAUGGCGGACCUCAUUAGGAAUCGGUACCGAGAUCCAGGAGUUGGCGAUUUUCUGAUGGGCAAUGACGAACUCUUGAGGCGCAUGGGACGCCAUGUCGAUUCGUUACUUUGUACAAAGAAUGUGGAUGCAGCCCUUGCUGUUGCAAAAGAAAUGACGUUUAUGGUUCCAGCAUCGUCGACUGGUGCGUUGUAUGAACGUUUGAUUACCAACUACAAGAGGCUCUCGGAUAAGAUGGAUCAAGCAGCUGUAGGUUGA